AUGGGCGGCUGCUUCUCGUCUCCGGGAUCCCGGCCCAAGUCACCAACGUCGUCGUGGUCCCGAGAUAUCGACAAGCAGCUGCGCGAGGAGGAGAAGCGCAUGUCCCGCGAGGUCAAGCUCCUGCUCCUCGGCGCUGGCGCCUCGGGCAAGUCGACGGUCCUCAAGCAGAUGCGCUACCUUCACCGCAAGCCGUUCAGCCCGGGUGAGGUGGAGGACUACCGCAAAAUCGUCUUCUCCAACAUUGUCGGCGGGAUGCGCGCUGUCAUCGAUAUGAUGGACGAGCUGGGCAUGGGAGUGGCACACGAGAACAGGAGAUUCAUCAACCUCGUCGACAAUGAGGAGCCCGUGAACAGUGGUCAGCCGUUCCCUCCGAGAUACUUCAAGGCACUCAAGUCACUCUGGGACGAUGAAGGCGUCCAGGAAUGCUACUCGAAGAGCUAUGAGUAUGCCCUUCCUGAGAACACGCCCUACUUUUACGCCCAUCUGGACCGUCUCUUUGAUCCAGAGUACAAGCCGACCCAUGACGACAUUCUGCGCGUGCGUUCCAAGACGACUGGUAUCUCCGAGACGCGGUUCGAGAUCAACGACAUGGUGUUCAGGCUGUUUGAUGUGGGCGGCCAGCGUAGCGAGCGCCGGAAAUGGGCGUCGUGCUUUGAAGGCGUCACGUCGAUCAUCUUCCUCGUCAGCUUGUCAGACUACAACUCGAGCAUCAUCGAGGACCGUGACUCGAACGGCAUGAUCGAGGCCCUCAUUCUCUGGGAGUCGAUUGUCAAUUCCCAGUGGUUCACGAGGUCCUCAAUGAUCCUCUUCCUCAACAAGGCCGACCUUCUCAAGGAGAAGCUUGCGGACCCAAAGCAGCAGAUCGCGACCUGGUGGCCAGAGUAUCCGGGCAAGCCUGGGUCAUUCAUGGACGCGGUCGACUACUUCAAGGCCAAGUUCCGCGCAGUCAACCGUACCCAGUCCAAGGAGAUUUACAUCCAUAUCACGACGGCGACGGACAGUGCGCAGCUCAAGGUCGUCAUGGCGGCCGUGACGGACACGAUUGGCAAGUAG